AUGGCGGGCGGCGCCGCCUUUGGACAUUCAUCCCAAAACCUCCAUUCCCAGCAAGGCCUCGACUGGCGAGCAUCUUCGGCGCGCAGCAGUGGUAGUCUCGGCAGUUAUGGCUUCUCUCAAUCGCAGACCACGGCGAAUGCGAAUCACAACAAUGGCGGCAGCAUCAGCAAAAUAAACAGCUUCUUCGGCGGCAAAGGGUCGAAUCGCGAUUUGCCGGUUUACAAGGACAAGCCAUACUUUAAGCCGCGUCGUACAGGUUCAGAUAAGAUGAAGGCGAGGUUUAUCUAUGUCAUGUUUGCUCUCUUUGUUACGACCAUGUUGUAUGUGUUUUGGGGCGGUUGGGGAUCGGUGGCGGAUAUCGGUCCUAGUAGCAAUGUCGGCGAGGAGUUGUGGAAAUGGGUGCAGACUUUGGAUGAGGAAGAGACAAGCACGUCGAAAUACGUGGAUUGGGAGGAACGGCGAGAGCGAGUGAAAGACGCUUUCACUAUUAGCUGGGACUCUUACGAGACUUACGGCUGGGGCUAUGAUGAGUACCACCCCGUCUCCAAAAAGGGUAGAAACAUGGUUGAAGGCGGCAUGGGCUGGAUCAUUGUCGACGCUCUCGACACCAUGAUCCUGAUGAACCUGACCUCGCGUGUGCAACAUGCCCGGAAUUGGAUUCACAAUUCACUACGAUACGACCAGGACCACGACGUAAACACGUUUGAAACGACGAUACGCAUGCUUGGCGGGCUUUUGUCCGCCCACUAUCUCUCGACCAACUACCCAACCCUGGCGCCCAUCACGGACGACGACGUUGGCGCUCCGGGGGAAGACCUCUAUAUCGAAAAGGCCACUGAUCUGGCAGAUAGAUUGUUGGGUGCUUUUGAUUCCAAAUCCGGCAUUCCUUAUGCCAGUAUCAACCUCAAUACCUCUGUCGGGAUUCCAUCACACGCUGAUGGCGGCGCCUCGUCGACGGCAGAGGCAACCACUGUGCAGCUGGAAUUCAAAUACCUGGCCAAGCUGACUGGCGAGGCAGAGUACUGGCAAAUCGUGGAGAAUGUUAUGAAAGUCGUGGAUGACCAGCAGCAAGAGGAUGGCCUGCUCCCGAUUUUCCUGUAUGCAGACAGCGGCGAGUUUCGCGGGGACAACAUCCGCCUGGGAAGCCGGGGUGACUCGUACUAUGAAUACCUUAUCAAACAAUACCUCCAAACGUCCAAGGGAGAACCAAUCUACAAGGAAAUGUGGGACGAAACCAUCGAGGGAAUCAGCAAACAUCUAAUCACAUACACCAAGAACGGAGACAUGUCACUUAUUGCCGAAAGACCCGACGGCCUCCACCGGCCUCUACUAGCCAAGAUGGACCAUCUGGUAUGCUUCAUGCCCGGCACAAUCGCCCUGGGGGCCACCGAAGGCCAGCCCUUGUCCGUGGCCAAGCAAUCCUCAACUUGGAGCCGACGACAAGACGAAGAAAUCCUGCUUGCCAAAGAACUCGCCAAGACAUGCUGGGCAACAUACCUGGCCACGGCGACGGGGCUAGCCCCCGAAAUCACCUAUUUCCGCACCGAAAACCCGCCCAAGAUGCUCUCCGACGUAUACCCCGACUCAACUCUCCUCGGCGGCGGAAGCUCCUCCUCCUCUCCUUCCUCAGGUCAAGACCUCAAACUCAUUUCCGCACCGCUCGAAGACACCGAGAUAUGGGAACAAGAUAUUGACAUCCACCCUCAAGACACGCACAACCUGCAGCGGCCCGAGACAAUCGAGUCCCUCUUGUACAUGUACCGCAUCACCGGCGACGAGCAGUACCGCGAAUGGGGCUGGGACAUGUUCAAGGCCUUUGUCAAGCACACCGCCGUCAUCCAGCCUGUCGUCGACCACCCCGACCCUUCUUCUUCUGCUGCUGCUUCCAGCAAAAUCGUAGGUUUCACCUCUCUAUCCAACGGCAACUUCAACCCGCCCGUUCAACGAGACAAUAUGGAGAGUUUCUGGAUGGCCGAGACGCUCAAGUACUUUUACCUGUUGUUCUCUGAACCUGAUUUUAUUCCGUUGCAGGAUGUGGUGCUGAAUACCGAGGCGCAUAUCUUCCCGCGGUUUAAGAUGGGAGGAGAUUUGAAGACGGGGUGGACGAGGAAGCCACGAGUUGUUUAG